GAAGUUGAAUUUCCUGGCAGGAAAUUAGGCUUAAAAAAUCGGGACUUGUUAGUGUUUGUUUUGGGAUACUCAGGUUGGUAGCAAGGCUACUUUCAGCUCAAAGUUCAAUUCAGUUUUUAAAAUGGAAGCUUCAGAAUUUUACCCUAAGUUGGAAGAGACGAAGGAUUAUCUGCGUAUAAUUGUUCCUGAUUUUUUAACUAACAGAAUAGAGGGAAGGCACCUACUCAACAGUACCCACCGCAACUCUUCGGCUACCUUUGUAUGAUCGAAUAAUGAGAUUUGAUCCUCACUCUUAUAGUGUAUCCACGGCUCCAAAGUGAAAAGCGCGGUUUUACAGCAACGAGUCACGAAGCUUGAAUUGGAGGAUUCACUGUUCGGGCACACUCUCAACUUGGCUAUUCUCAGGAAAAUGAGGAGUGUAAUGGUGCUAGUUUUUCGUACUUGAGCUUUAGCCUCUUUGAAAUAGAGAAACGUUAGAUUGUUGAGUGGUUUCUUUAACCCUGUAACCCUAUAAUGCUGGAAUUAAGACUCGGGCCGAGCGUGGCUCUGUGAGUAACUGCGAGUUCGCGUCUCGUCACCAAGAAAAAUAAAAUACAUAAAUCUCGCUCCGCAAUUCAAGUCAUAACAGGCUUUCCACCAAACCUCUGAAAUCUGUUUUUCAGAAGCUUAAUCUUUAAAAUCUGUUUAAUAAUAGCUCAUAACAGCCUGUUUUUGAUACUUUAGCUUAUAAAAAAUAUAUAUGUACAGAAAAGGAAAUAUUUUGCUCUUCAUUUAUAAUUCAGUUGUCAUUUGUCGAACGUGAAGCAGACAUUCAUCGUGGCCAGUGGCACAUGCGGCGUGGAAGCAAGAUCUUAGAAUACACAGUCCAGAUUCUUCUCCAAAAAGUAGGCUUCAGUCAAAACAUUUAGUUCUCCUUAGCCUUAUGGUCUGUUCAACUGGCCUCUUCCUUACUUACCGAUAUUCUAACGAUGUCCACUCAUCAUAUCGUCCUCAUCCACCUCCAAAGAAACACGAUCAUCCGGGAUUCCUUGUAUUUUCUAACAGCUGUCAUAUUCCAGACUUAGAUCCUUUUCACUACACUGUAGCUAAAUUUGUGGAGGCUGAAACGCUUCUGGACUGUACUGAAGACUACCCUCCGCUAACGUAUAGCACAGGAAACGUUAUCAAAAUUGACCAGAAGGUGCUUUCUAUCAUUGGUACUAGAUGGCAAAACCAGAAACUGACAUGCUGUUAUAGGGAGAUGUAUCGACCACAGAUGGCUGAUGAUAAUAAAGUUAUUUUCUCUAAAGAGUGCAAAACAUUUGAGUUGGAGGCCACUGUGAAUCUUGAGUUUUUAAAGGUUGAAUGCAAUGUUCAAGGUAAGAUCGUAUAUACCAACUUCCAUAGUUUCAUUAUAGAGAAGGAAGCUGUGAAGAAGCGAUGUGAGGAGAAACUCUCCCAGGUUCCUGACAAACGGUAUAGCCUGCUAAUCCUGGGUAUCGAUGCAGUGUCUAGACUUAACAUACAUAGGCAGCUUAAAGACACUGUGACCUACCUUAAGACCGAGAUGAAUGUAACUGAAAUGUAUGGUUACAAUAAGGUAGGAGACAACACUUUUCCAAAUCUGAUCCCAGUCCUCACUGGCUACAGUGAACAUGAACUCUCCCAGGUUUGUUGGAAUAAGAGUACACCUUACAUUGACAAAUGUCCAUUUCUGUGGGAAAAGUUCGCAAAUCAAGGAUAUCGGACACUUUAUGCAGAGGAUGCACCUCACAUCUCUACCUUUAAUUAUCUCAAGAGAGGUUUUUAUACCCAACCCACUGACUACUAUCUACGUCCAUUUAUUCUCGCUGCAGAAGAUCAGCUUGGAAGAGAGAAACCUCUAAACUGCUAUCUCUGUGUUGGGCCUAAAUCAGAAACUGAAAUGGUCCUCGAUUGGAUGCAGACCUUUGUGGAACAGUUUCAUAAUCAAACCUAUCUAGUAUUUGGGUGGAUCAACAGUUUAAGUCACGAUUUUCUUAACUACCCAGCUAAAGGUGACCACUUCUAUUACCGAUUCUUCAAAUACCUCCAUUCAAACGGACUACUGAACUCCACAAUUGUUAUUCUUCUCAGUGACCAUGGUAUGAGGUGGGGAGGAAUCAGAUCUACAUAUAUUGGUAAACUUGAAGAACGUCUGCCAACUUUAAUGUUUGUCUUUCCUAAGUCUUUCCACCAACAAUACCCUUCAAUAAUGGAAACUAUAUACUACAACACCCAUCGACUAACUACUCCUUACGACCUUCAUGCAACCUUAGAGAAUAUUCUGAACUUCACAGGGAGCUCUCGACCGGUAGACAUUCGGUCUGUUCCCCCACAGCUUAUGAGUAACUACAGUCAACGUGCAGUGUCAUUGUUUGAAAAAGUUCCUAAAGAGAGGACAUGCGAAGAAGCAGCCAUUGAUGAACACUGGUGUACGUGCAUUCAGUCACAGAAGAUUUCUACUAACAGCACUGAGGUGUUGCCCGUUGCAAUGUUUUUACUUGAGUCAUUAAACAAUAUUGUGAAAGCCAGGAGUGAUGUAUGUGCCUCUCUCUCGUUAGUUGUUGUUCGAUCAGCCCGCUACGUGGCACCUAAAGACCAUCUUCAAGGAGUCAAGGCAUCUCAUAUUCAUGACUACACACUGACUAUUCAAACAAGACCUGGGGAUGGGGUCUUUGAAGGAACCGUACGUGUUGUGCCAUCCAAAAAACAUUACGAGCUUCUCGGGGCUAUUUCUAGAUUAAAUCUUUAUGGAAAUCAAUCAUACUGCGUAAGUGAUGCUAAUUUAAGAAAAUAUUGUUACUGUAAAGAGCAAUUACAUUAGGUUUCCAUAAGAUAAACUAAAGACAAUUUUAAAUGUAACUUGUCAGUAAAUUAAUAUUGUCAAAUAAACACAUUCUUAUAUCAUACAAUUAAUCACGAGUAUAAAUAAAAAUUCUACCUUACCUCCAUAUUGUGAUGAAGAGGAGCUAUCCUUACCUAACAAUUAACCAGUCUUUCCUUAUCGUGCUACAGAAGUACCAACCUAGUUUAGCAAUUAAACUAUUUUCCCUUAUCAUACUAUAGAUAUGAUAAAACUCAAAACCAUUUUAACUUGUUUUAUUACAGAAAACUUUCAAUCUCAUCUAAUAACUAACCAAUUUUUUCCUAUUGUACUGUAGGAGUGACAACCUUUUUUACAAUUAAAACCUUGUUCCACAGUAAAAUGAACUUAUAUUAUGGUCCAGCAUUACUAAUGAUGUAUUCUAUAAAAUAACGAAUUACAUAACAACAACGUCGUUUUCUGUUGUACUGUAGGGAGUACUAGAUCUAAUUUAAUAAUUGAUAUGCUUUCUCAAGUUAUGGUGUAAAAUAUAUUUAUUUGGUUUAACAAGUAAACUGUUUUCUUUGGCUGCAGAAACCAUUUUGUCCAAAAUUAAACAUUUGUUUUGUACUCUAAACUAUAAAGUAUCUAUUUUGUAAAAAAAUUAAAUCAAGUCAUUGUUCAAUAUAACAAGUACUGGUCUAGUCCAAAAAGCUUAUCUUUCUGCUUGUACGUAUUGUUGUAUUGUAUAAUUUACAAGUCUAGUCCAAAUAAGAUUUUAUUUCAGCUU